GUCAGAUUCAGAUAGUGUGGAGCUCGAGUCCGCAACCCUCGGGCUCAGGCAUGCUCGAACUACCAGAGUAAAUGGCGUCUUUCAAAACGGAUUUAUACCAACGUCUGCUGCUUUUUGCAGUAUUUCUGCCAAUCACAGGUGUGAUGUGUUUCAGUGAGCUGUUUUUUAUAAAGGAGCCUCAUGAUGUGACGGUUAUGAGGAGGGACGCUGUGGUUUUGGACUGUCAGGCCCACGGCGAGGCUCCGAUCGGCAUCCGGUGGCUCAAGAACGGAGUGGUGCUCACAGAGUCGGAGCGCGUUUAUCUGCUCACCAAUGGCUCUCUGUUCAUCUCAGAAGUGGAAAGUCGUAAGGACAAAUCAGAUGAAGGGUUCUACCAGUGCCUUGCCCAGAACAAAUAUGGAUCUAUUCUCAGCCAGAAAGCCCGCUUGACUAUCGCAAGUUUAUCGACCUUCACUCAGCAGCCUUCAUCAAUCAUGGUUAUAGAGGGAUCCGUCGCGCGAUUCACCUGUAAAAUCACUGCCACGCCCCCACCAAUCAUCACCUGGGAGUUUAACAGAGUCACUUUACCACUGGCCACUGAAAGAAUCACAGUGCUGCCCAGCGGCAUUUUACAAAUUCAGGGAGUUGAACGGACCGACUCUGGGAGUUACCGCUGUGUGGCGACUAAUAUCGCCAGCCGACGCAGGAGCUCCGAGGCCAUGCUAACCGUGACCCUCCUGUCUCCCAGAGUUCCUCAAAGGCCUCGUAUCAUUGCCGGCCCGCAGAAUCUCACUGUGGCGGUUCACAGUACGGCUCUGCUGGAGUGCAUGGCGACCGGAAAUCCUCGUCCGCUGAUCUCAUGGAGCCGGGCCGACCAUAAAUCCAUUGACGUUCACAAAACAAAGGUUCUUGGCAAUGGAAACCUGCUCAUAUCCGAUGUUAAACCCCAACAUGCGGGGAUCUACUAUUGCCGAGCCACUACACCUGGAACCAGAAACUACACGAUCGCAGCCGCUAAUAUAACUGUACUAGCGCCUCCAUCUCUCGUGGAGUGGCCGGAAAGCGUGACCCGACCCAGGGCCGGUACCGCCCGCUUUGUGUGCGUGGCGGAGGGAUUUCCCACCCCUCAGAUCACAUGGCUGAAGAACGGCGAACCCGUUCACUCAAACGGACGCAUCAAGAUGUAUAACAGUAAACUAGUGAUAAACCAGAUUAUUCCAGAAGAUGACGGCAUAUACCAGUGUGAGGCGGAGAACGAGCAGGGUUCAGUUCUGGCCAUGGCUCGUCUGAUCGUAGUGAUGUCGGACAACCGGCCGAGCGCACCCAGAAACGUCCGUGCCGACACCGUGUCCAGCUCGGCCAUCUUGCUGGCCUGGGAGAGACCCAUGUACAACUCGGACAAGGUCAUCGCCUACUCUGUGCACUACAUGAAGGCAGAAGGUCUAAAUAACGAAGAGUACCAGAUUGUUAUCGGUAACGAUACCACCCGCUACAUCAUUGAUGACCUGGAGGCCGGGCGGAACUACACCUUUUACAUUGUAGCGUACAUGCCCAUGGGUGCCAGUCGCAUGUCGGACCACGUCAUACAGCGCACGUUCGAGGAUGUUCCCUUACGCGCUCCUGAGUUGAGCCUCACCAGCCGCAGUCCCACUGAUAUUCAGGUGUCGUGGCAGCCUCUGUCUCAUAAGCUGAGUCGCGGUCGUGUUUCUGCGUACCGCCUUUCGUACAGGACCAGCACGGAUGAGACGCUGACACAGCUGGAGCUCUCGGGACACAAAACUCAUCACCUUCUGGAGGGUCUUCAGCCCGACACUACAUAUCUGCUGCGUGUCGCUGCUGCAACCAGUGUGGGCUGGGGAGAACCGUCAGCCUGGACGUCACACAGGACACCGAAGACUUCCAGCACCAAAGUGCCUCUGGCACCAGAGCUGCAGCUGGAGUCUCUGAACUGCACAACUGUCGUUUUACGUUGGCAUCUUCCAGCGGGAAGUGGCACUGGACUGCAGGGCUACAAACUAUCAUACCAUGAAGAGAGACAACCAGAAGAACCCCCGACCCAGAUUCCCCCACACCACCGCCAGCACACCAUCGGAGGCCUGGACCCCAGGAAGAAGUACCAUGUCAAACUCUUGGCUUAUAGUUUAAUGGGGGACGGGUACCAGGCGGACCAGACCAUCAGCACGCCAGGAUGUGUUUCGGUCCGUGAUCGUCUGGUCCCGCCCCCUCCGCCACCUCAUCAUGUUUACGCCCACAGUAACUCCUCCUCCUCCGUGUUCCUGCACUGGGCCCGACCCGCCUUCACCAGCGGACAGACGGUCAACUACACGGUUCGCUGUAACCCUGUCGGACUGCAGAACGCCUCGCUGGUCCUGUACCUGCAGACUGCGACCCAGAGUUUGAUGGUCAGUGAUUUGGACCCGAACACCAAUUAUGAGUUUGCCGUUCGUCUUCAUGUGGAUCAGCUUUCCAGCCCAUGGAGUCCUGUGGUUUACCAGACCACACUACCUGAAGCUCCCACUCGAGCUCCGGUUGGGCUGAAAGUCACUCUGAUUGAGGGAGACACGGCACUGGUGUCAUGGAAACCUCCUGACGAGCCCAACAUCGCCGUGACACACUACACCAUCCUGUACGCAUCACGCAGAGCAUGGGCGGCCGGAGAGUGGCAGAUCCUGCAAAGAGAAGGGAGCGUCACGAUGGCCCUGCUGGAGAAUCUUAAGUCUGGUCAGGUGUACCUGGUGAAGGUCUCGGCGUCCAAUCAGAUGGGAGAUGGGCCGUUCUCACCUGCUGCAGAACUGAGUGUGCGCGACGGACACGCCUCCCGAACACACGGCUCCACCCACGCCACAGCAUUUUCUGACAGUUUCUAUCACCUGGAUCAGAGGUCAAUGACGGGUAUAGUAGUGGGCGUGUCUAUCGCUUUAACCUGCAUUAUCAUCUGCGUCCUCAUACUGGCCUGCAGGAGUAAAAGCAGGAAAUCCAGCACUGCCAAAUCCAUCAGGCAAGCAGGAGGACAGACUCCGCCCACUGCUGUCCGCAUGGCCAAUGAGAGUCAAGCUGAGAGUGUGGAGGUGAUGAUGCCCAUGAUGAGAGAUAAUUUCAUCGAUGCAAAGGGCGGAACAAAUCUGAUUAUUAACAGUUACGGGCCAGUGAAGCACACCACUGAGAAGAAGAGAAUGAAGAGAUGGAACUUCUGUAAGAGGGAUGACAAGGGUGUGAAGAAGGUCUCCAGUCCUUCCUAUUCCUAUCAUCAGGGCGCCGUCCUGCUGUGUUAUACGGAAACAUCGCCUCAACACCCGCCGUCCUCUCUGCAGGGCCUGUUUGGGCCAACGGGGGGCGACAGCGAGGGCUCUCAUUCCAGUGAGGGCAGCCAUGAGACAGGCGACUCGGGACGAUACUCUCAUGACGAUACAGAGGCAACCAACCUGUCUCUGGGUGUCGGCAGUCGCCCGGCUUCCCUGCAGGGCGAGAGCGAGGCGUCGGAUGAGGUUACAGAGAAAGAGCCGAUGGUGGAGGUGACAGAAACGACACUUCAGCAACAGGAAAUGAUAGAGCCUCAUCCUGUUUAGCAAAAACCCUUGUGCUCUCUGGCGCCCCCUGCUGCUUAAACGGACUACUGAGCAGGAGCCGCUUUGUGCUGGAUGACCCGAGACGUCCACACAUGUCCCGCUUUCUCGGUGAAUGUAUUAUUUGUUUCUCUCUUCUUCAUUUUUAUAAAUGAUUGUGUGUCUGAAAGAAACUAGAAUCUCACCCACCAUGAAUGUGUUCAAAAAAACGUCCCAAAAUGUCGUAUUUUCUGACGUAACCUCAUCGAGAGAGCGCAACGUCGGACGGAAAAGCCUCUCGACUUCCUAAUCUACCUCAGUUUACCUGCUAAAUAUUUAAUAUCCACUUAUACACUCGACAACGUUUUUUCCUUUUCGCUGAAUUUUAGAGUUUGCGUUUGUCUGUUUAAUGUUUGUUUAGUCCUGAAGUAUGGGAUUGCAAAAGUGUUUUACCCAUCCUGACCCUGCGUGAUGCAACAAAUCUGCUGUGUGACAGCCAAUCAGAACAUACUUAGUGUUUAAUAUGCAGGACCAAUAGGAUUUCACGGUGGGCGGAGCUACCCAGCUCAACGCUCAUCAAAUCUCGUGCUGAAUCUGCUGUGACAUAAUCACAGCCAAUCAGAGCAUAGUUGGUGUUUAAUAUGCAGGACUUAAAACCAAUAGGAUAUCACGGUGGGCGGGGCUAUCAAACUUUCUUGCAGUUUUAUUGCAUCACGCAUGGUUAGGAUGGUGUUUUAUACCUACCUCAGGUUCAGAAACGUCAAACUUUCAGUUGAGCGUUUACGUCGGAUUGAGUAUUUUGUCUUUAUUUGUGACUUCGUCAUAUGAAUGUGUGUAUUUUUGCUCUUAUAGUCCCUGUUUUAUACUACCUCAUUUUACCUUUUGAUUUUUGCAGUAGUUGUGUUUUUAUUUUCUUAUCUCAGGGAUCAUUUGAAAAGCCAUGUGUUUUGUAGUGACAUGGUUUGAUCGACAGGGUAUCUUCCUCGAAUCCAAGGGCGGUUGACCCGUACUGAAUGUGUGUGGAGAUGGAUUUCUUUUUUUCCCCGUAGUUCAUUUCUUCCUGUCUUCUUCUUUUGAGUACGAAGUAACCAAAAAUGCUGGAACUGACGUUUCUUAGUUCAGCAAAACCGAUAGCUUUAAAUAAUGGCCUUAACGUGUGCAGAGCUGCGCAGAAACACCAAGAGAUUCAGUCUGAGUGAAUGUUCUAGAAAACCAAAAAUAAUAAUCAAAUCUGAAAGAACGGAAUGAUCAUGAAAAACCUUUUUGCCUCAAAAGAUAUCUAUUUUUCUUGAUAUACAGUAUAUGUACUACUGAGUACACGUUUUAGUUGCUUUAGGAUUUAGAUUUAGGAACAUGAGUGUAGCACUUGUCUUUCAGAUUAGUUUGGAGUUGUUUGUAGGUCACGCAAGCGAAUGUGCAACGGUGACACGCCAUCAUCCGCAGAGCUGUUUGCGCUUUCAUUUGUUCUUCUUGUUUGCGGGUCUUUGGGAUGAUAAGAUGACAAUGAGAUUAAACCAAAGAUGUUUCACCCAGAGACCAACGAACGCCGUUUGGUUGGGAAAAAAAGUGCUGCUUUAGAGAAUAAUCCUGUGAUCAAAUGAGGUGAAAGUUCAGCAUUACACAUCUCAUGUGUGUGUGUGUCAUGUUGGAGUUUUCACUCCAAAAAUCAAUAGAAAAAUAAGAAAUUUAAUUUUGCAUGAGAAACUAAUUUUGGGACCAUUCAGAUUAAUUGCAUUAUGAUAUUAAUGUCAGGACAAUUAAGCACAUUUCACCCCCAAAUUCUCAUUAUUAUAUUAUAUUAUAUUUAGUGCUGCCAAACAAUUAAUUUCAAUAAAUCGCAUCAAAAUAUAUAUAUAGAAAAUAAAUAUACACAGUACACACACACACAUUAUGUAAACAAACUUUUUUUUGCAUGCGAUUAAUCAUUUGACAGCACUAAUUAUUAUAUUAUAUUAUAUUUAGUACUGCCAAA